AUGGGUUCCUCCAUUUUUCGGGGCUCCCUACAUGCUGCCCGCCUGCCGAGUCGGUACCUCGCGAUAUAUCGAAGUCGGGGUGUUCGAGUUUCGAGGAGUCACUUUCACACAACUCCUUCAUGUGAAAUACUCAAACCGUAUCUCCUCGCCGAUAUUGGUGAAGGCAUUACGGAGUGCCGGGUUGUUCAAUGGUUCGUCAAACCAGGAGACCGAGUGGGCCAGUUUGACGCCAUUUGUGAGGUUCAGUCGGAUAAGGCCUCUGUUGAGAUCACUUCCCGAUAUGAUGGAGUCGUUGCCAAUAUCCACCACCAAGCAGAUGAGAUGGCUGAAGUAGGGAAGCCUCUUCUCGACAUUGACGUCGAGGAAGAUCUAUUAGAUAUUGAUAAUGAUUCUACACAAGUAGGAGCGAGAGAGGCUGCUUCAGAUGACUCGAGCAUUGUGGCUACGAAUGCCGCGGAAGUAACAGUGAACACCGAUACACCCAAUGACAUUUCCAACUCGAGUCCCGAGCCUGAUACCAUGAACUCUGGGCUGAUUGUACCAGCUGUCAGAGCUAUGCUCAAGAAGCACAGAAUUGAUAUCAAUGAUGUCACUGGGAGUGGAAAGGGUGGAAGAAUCAAGUCCUCCUCUCUGACCCCGAUCGAGAGCCAGAUGUUCAAGGUUAUGACUCGUGCUCUUGAUAUUCCGCAGUUUGGCUACAGCCACUCUGUCGACGUCACUUCUUUGAUCAGUCUACAGCGUAGCUUCAAUGAGAAGCAAGACACCUCGAGAGAUCUGUAUGGGGAUGACCUUACGAAGUUAACCCUUCUUCCUUUUCUUAUCAAGGCUCUGUCGCAGGCCUUCCUACGUCACCCGAAAUUGAACGCCCACUUGGACAAAGAGACGGAUCAGCAAAAUCCUCGAUUAAUUGUCAAGGCGUCUCAUAACUUCGGCAUUGCCAUCGACACACCUAAUGGCCUUCUGGUACCGGUUGUCAAGGAUGUUCAAAAUCGAUCAAUUCUUUCCAUCGCCACUGAAGUUAAGCGACUGGGCGCAUUGGCUAAAGAAGGUCGUCUCACCCCAUCUGACAUGAGUGGAGCCACUUUCACUGUGAGCAACAUCGGGAGUAUCGGGGGUUCUGUUGUUAGCCCUGUCAUUGUGCCUCCUACAGUUGGUAUUGUCGCUCUAGGCAGGGUCGAAGAAGUUCCGGUCUUUCUACAUGAUAGGAAACAGGAUGAUACAUCAGUUGUUAGGCGUGAUAAGGCCGUUCUUAGCUGGAGUGCCGAUCAUCGGGUUCUUGAUGGUGCUUCAGUCGCGAGAUGCGCGCAGCUCGUGACCCAGGUAUUGGAGAAUAUUGAGAAACUCGGCAUUGGACUACGCUAG